GCGUCUGAUUGGCUGGCUCUCUUUGGCAUCUCCUUCUCCUCCUCUUCGGAUACAACCUUGAGUGAGAAAGAGUGCUGUCACAAGACACACUGCAUUGAGCUGAUUUGGGCUGCGCUUCUGCUCUCUUUCCCACACUCACACACACACACACACACACACACACACACACCCUGUCCCCCCUCUUCUGGUUUUGGGCGCUGGGAGUUAGAAUGAGCCUCGGCUCCCCGGUUGCUAGCGGAGACGGCGGACUGGGAGUCAGCGUUAUGAAAGGAUGGGACACUGCUACAGUGACCUCGGCCACAGGACAGACACAGAGGCAUUCUCCACGCUGAAGGAGGCAAAGUAUGCAGAGGUUCGUGGAGGCAGACUACUAUGAGCUGGACUGGUACUAUGACGAGUGCGCCGACGUUCUCUGUGCUGAGCGAGUGGGCCAGAUGACUAAGACAUACAAUGACAUUGAUGCUGUGACUCGUCUGCUUGAAGAGAAAGAGCGUGACCUGGAGCUCGCUGCCCGCAUUGGCCAGUCGCUGUUGAAGAAAAACAAGACCCUCAGUGAGCGAAAUGAGUACCUGGAGGAGCAGGUGGAGCACAUACGAGAGGAGGUGUCACAACUGCGUCACGACCUCUCCAUGAAAGAUGAGCUGCUCCAGUUCUACACCCACGCGGCCGAGGAGAGUGAAGGCGAGUCGGCCACCUCCACCCCCGUCCGGCGGAAUGAGUCGACGGCCUCGCUGCCCAGCAGCUUCCCGCUAGACUCCCUGCAGAAGAAGCUGAAGGACCUGGAGGAGGAGAACAUCGUGUUGCGCUCGGAGGCCAACCACCUGGAGACAGAGACCAUGUGCUAUGAGGAGAAGGAGCAACAGCUGGUGAACGACUGUGUGAAAGAGCUCAGAAAUGCUAACUUCCAGAUGUCCACCCUGGCCGAAGAGCUGGCCAGGAAAACGGACGAUGCAUCUCGUCAGCAGGAGGAGAUCACCCACCUCUUGUCCCAGAUUGUUGACCUGCAGAAGAAAUCCAAGGCUUAUGCUGUGGAGAACGAGGAGCUCACCCAGCAUUUAGGGGCUGCCAAAGAUGCCCAGCGACAGCUCACAGCAGAGCUGCGAGAGCUGGAGGAUAAGUAUGCCGAGUGCAUGGAAAUGCUGCACGAGGCUCAGGAGGAGCUGAAGAACCUGAGGAACAAAACCCUCCCCCUCAGCACCCCACGCCGCUUCCACUCCCUGGGCCUGUUCCCCAUGGAUCCUCAGGCAGAACAUAACGUGGUGGAUUCCUUGGCUGCAGAGAUCGAGGGCACCAUGAGGAAAGAGCUGCAGAUGGAUGACCCUGACGUAGAGGAACACAUGCUGCAGCCCAAACGUGUCUUCCAGACGGUGCGUAACGUCAACCAGACGGUGCGUCAGCGCUCCAUGGGCCCCUCCCCCAUGAACAUCCCGGGGUCCAACCAGACGUCCUCCAUGAACUCCAGGCGCUCCAGCUGCGUGAGCACGCCCCGCUCCAGCAUGUACGGAGGCCUGAUGGACAACCGCACCAGCAGCGUCAUCCUGGAGGCCCACACGCCCGAGGACAGGUCGGAUGACUCGAACAGGAAGCAGGCGGGGACCCCCGGCACGCCGGGCUCUCGGGACCUGGAGGCGGCGCUGCGGAGGCUGACCCUGCGGCGGGACAACUACCUGAGCGAGCGGCGCUUCUUCGAGGACGAGCGCGAGCGCAAGCUGCAGGAGCUGUCCGAGAAGGAGAGCCUGUCGGAGGGGCGGGGCGAGGGGGAGGACGGCUCGCUGACCCCGGCCGACAGCAUCAUGUCCCUGGGACUGUCCUCCCUGCACUCGGGCUUCUCCGGAUUCUCCUUGUACGCGCCCCGCUCCUACCUGCCCGAGAAGCUGCAGAUCGUUAAGCCACUGGAAGGUUCGGCCACUCUGCACCAGUGGCAGCAGUUAGCUCAGCCCAACCUGGGAGGCAUCCUGGACGCGCGGCCCGGUGUGGUCACCAAGGGCUUCCGGCCUCUGGAGUUGGACCUGGAGGAGGUGUACCAGUUCACCGACCUGGAGGAGGACGAGGCUGGGGAGCGCUCGUCCCUCCUGGGCCUGUCGGUCGCGGGCCACCUGAGCCGCCUCUGCCGCAGCCGCUGCUCAUCCACCUCCUCGCUCGCCAGCGAGAACAACAACACGCCGCUCAACAACAACAACAACAGCACCUUCAGUGGCGCCGACGACGGCGGUGGCCUCGGCCAAGAGCCGUCAGCAGCUGCGGCGAUGGCGUCAGCCGCAGGGACAGGAAAUGGCCAGGUGGCCACAGGAAGUUUGGAGAAUGCAGAGGCUGCAGGCUUGUCCUCCGUGCAUUUCCCUGGGAAGUGUCAGUCCCACACCAGCUCCACCUACACCAUCACAACCUGCCGCAUCAUGCACCCGUCGGACGAGUUGACCAGAGUCACACCCAGUCUGAUGUCUGGUCCCACUGCCUCGUGUGUGUUGACCUCCAGCGUUCUCCGUUGCUCCUCCACUCCCUGUACCCCACGGCGCCUCAGCGUGGCCGAGUCCUUCACCAACCUGCGCGACUCCACCAAGACCACCAGCACCUCGCUGGGUCUAGUGCGGACGCUGCAGGAUCGCGGCAUUUCCGCCGCUGUCUACGACCCUUGCAGCUGGGACCGCGGGGCGUCCACUCCUACCGACUACGCCAACGCCAGUCCCAACCCUGCAGAGUGUGCCAUUGGCCAGAACUCUAGGCGUGGGGUGGACACUCUCCCCUCCACCCCACCCAACUCCCCCACCAGAGCCAAACGCAGCAGCCCUGUCGCAGCCCCCCCGUUUGACUACAGCCCCUCGGCCCCGCCCUACGACAACUUCCUGGCGUCCAAGCCGGCCAGCUCCAUUCUGAAGGAGGUACGCCAAGCGGAAGCCCACCAGCAUGCGGACACGGAGUGCCAGACGGAUGUUAGCGUGCACAACCUCCGCCUGCUGGACAAGGUGAAGCGCCUGGGGGUGACCCCCCGCCCUCUGACCCUCGGGCCUUUCUGUGGGGGACUGCGCAGGCCGGGGGCAGCACAUCCAAUGGUCACUAGCCCCAUUGGAGGCCUUCCCACACUCAACGCUGGCAUGCGGCGUAACCGCAGUUACCCGGCCAUGGUGGGGGCCAGCAUGGCCAUGAAGGGUCUGGGGCCCGAGAGCGGGACAGAGCUGCUGCUGACCACUCCGUUACCCAAACAGACUAGCCUGAACCAAGAGUGAAUGUUCCAAGCCUUUCCGUUGCUCCCCGCCAUCAAGCCCUCUUAUCCUUUUAACCACAGUGUGUGUACAGGAUGUAGAAUGUUACCUUUGGGACAAAUCCACUUUGUGCCUGUGGGGGAACUCUUUGAACAGAUUAGUUUGUAUAAGUGCCCCUGAAUCUUGUUUAUUUUUCUCUCUGAAACAGUGAGAUAUGUAAAUGGACAUAAUCACGAUACUAAUACUGUAAGCCAAUUCUUUUGAGUUAUGGGUUUAAGAGCUUCAUGUAGCACAUUUGCUGUGGAGAUGGCCUGGAGAUGACCAACAUGUGGUGGUCAUCUACUAAAAAGCACUUUUGUUUCUCUGGUUCGAUAGGCAAUGCGACCACGAUCCCAUAAUGCAUUUCUCUGUACCUCCUCUUCUGCCCCAGGCUCUCACUCCAUCCUGGGGCUGCAGCACUGUGCCCUUACCCUUGUGCCCUUACCCUGUCUGGGACAAGAUCUAAUACCCCUCACAAGGGGCAGCUAGUUACAAAUGACGCACCUUAAUGCAAAUGCUACAUUCAGAGGUGAGGGUCACCUUGCUUCUCUCUUAUUGCCAAGUUGUUAAAGAAAGAGAAGUUAAUAACACUAAUCCCAGCCUAUAGCGCUGGCAGAGGUAGUAGGCCAUGGUUAGACAUAAGACCUAAGAGACAAGUUUGUCGACACCAGUCACAGCAGACAUAUUGGUGGGAAAUGCAGAAAAGCCCUGUCUCUGUCCUCCUGAACCUCAUUCCCAUCUCCACAGGGUGGCAGUGCAGCCCUGAUGCAGGUGACUUGGUUUGUACACAGGUCCUAACUAAAGCCUGAUCUUAACAACAUUAUUUUCAGGGCAGCAUCAUAAAUAAGAAUUUGUUGCUAAACUUUAACAAAGCAAGUCUUUGCAUUGCACGCCAACCCUGCUGGUCCCCUAACUCUCUGUCAGCAGGUUCAACUUAGCAGUAUCAGAUGAGGCUGACCUAAGGGUGUCUGGACUGAAGGAUCAUGCCGUUUCAGCUUGACAAAGCAAACAAUUCUGAGGGUUUCUUUUUGUUUGUUUGUUUGUUUGUUUAUUUUUUUUAACCGACCAACCUAAUUUAUAAGCGUGUGUAUGUGUGUGUGUGUGUGGACAUAUAAUCUGUACAAAAUAAAUUAUGUUAAAUCGGCUCCUCUAAAUCCAGAAUCCAUGACUUGAAUCCUGAAACGGUGGCCACACAGCAGUGAGUAGAGCCUUUCCAGGCCACCAGAGUACAGUGCAGUGCAGUGCAGUGCAGUGCUGAGCUGUGGCGCUCCAGCUGAGGGGAGGGUUAUCAGGGGCUCAUGUGUUACUCAAGCGCGUGCUGACUGUACAGCCCAGUUCACCUACACAUGGACUACACUAUAAGCGUCUGAAAGGUUAUACAUUUCUAGGUGUGCCCGGCCCCUAACGUGAUCGUCCUAGUGCCUGAGAUUCAAGUUCAUGUCCUCCGACUGACAAACUUUUUGGUGUCUUCUGCCUCUGUGCGGGACGAUUGGCAUUAACACUGGCCCUGAGGCACGUGCUCAGCAUCUGCUCAGAUAGUGUUUGUCGGAUAUGGUGGGUUAUAAGCAAGGCUAAUGCUUGAUCCCAGAUCAUGGUUGCAUGGUACUGAAACUGUAUAACAUCAGCACAUGUGCCGCAGUGCUAUACAUCAAUUAUUUUUUGUAAUUAUUUGUUUGUGUUAUGUUUAGUAAAAAGCAAAAAGAGAUUUGUCUGCUGAAGAUUGUGUGUGCUCACUUAUCAUCUGUAACUUGAAUAUGUGUUUUGAAUGUACUGCAAUGCAGCCAGUGGUGUCCAGAACUGCUCAUUCAUUAAAAUGACAAUUUUAAUAUGUUGUACCACAAAGGGAACUAUGCCACUUGUACAUUGUAAAUGGUAAAUUAUGCAAUGAGUUUAGUCUUGCUAACUUUUUUU